UGUGUGCAUGAGAGGUGUGAACUCUGUCAUUUCUGUGUACCGUGACAGGUCGUGCUGGUGGUGUGGUGUAUAUAAGGCGUCGUCGGGCACAAGGAUCCUCCUCUGUCUCUGAGCUUCUCUCAACUUGAAGCCACUUGCUCUGCUCUGAAGAAAAGGAAAGCACGAUGGACGUAUCCAUCCUUCUGCUCCCGCUCCUCAUCCUCUGCUCCCUCCCGUCGCUCGCCUCCGCCUGCGACCGCUACGCGCACCGCUCCAGAGCCGCCUACUACACCUCCUCGCUCACCCUCGCCGCCGGUUCCUGCGGGUACGGCACAGCGGCCGCGUCCCUCAACGGCGGCCUGCUCGCCGCGGCGGGCCCGGCCCUGUACAGGCAAGGCGUCGGCUGCGGCGCGUGCUUCCAGGUGCGCUGCAAGGACGAAGAGCUCUGCGGCACCGCCGGCGUGAGGGUCGUCGUCACGGACCGCGCGAGGACGAAGGAGAACGGCACGGACCUCGUGCUCAGCGGCCCGGCGUUCGCCGCCAUGGCCCGCCCCGGCAUGGCCGCGCGGCUCGCCAAGCUCGGCGCCGUCGACGUCGAGUACAAGAGGGUGCCGUGCGAGUACAAGGGCAAGAACCUCUCGCUGCGGGUGGAGCAGAGGAGCCGCGCGCCGAACGAGCUGGCCGUCACGAUCCUCUACCAGGGCGGCCAGACCGACAUCGUCGCCGUCGACGUCGCGCAGGUCGGAUCGUCGUCGAGCUGGAGGUCCCUGACGCGUGACCACGGGCCGACGUGGAGCACGAGCCUGGCGCCGCCGGGGCCGCUGCAGCUCAGGGCGGUGGUGACCGGCGGGUACGACGGGAAGUGGGUGUGGGCCGACCGGGAGGUCCUGCCGCGCCAGUGGCGCGCCGGCGAGGUCUACGACACCGGCGUGCAGAUCACCGACAUCGCCCAAGAAGCCUGCUUCCCCUGCGACACGCAGGAGUGGAGGUGACCGCCGACGAGGCAAGCCAAGAGGAAGAGCUAAGCUCCAAAAUCGUGGCUGGGCGUCGAACGAACGGUCAGAGGCUCCUCGUCACUGCCGCUGGAAAUUUCGGCUGGGCAUGGAAUUGGAAGGAUAGAUAGAGAUUAGUAACUGACGCAGGGGCACGUAGAGCCCUCGUUGCUUAUCCAACUCUUGUGGACAAACUUGCAUGAGCUGCAGCUGACGUGUGAGAUACUACUAGUAUGUACAGUAGCAACCAUGAAGCGAUAAUGGGUAGCGGACGGCGGCGAGGCCGUGGCCUGAAUCCCCGGACAAAAUACAAAGUCCGAUGACUUUUCUCAUCCGUGGAUAACGUCGCAAGUCGCUGUGGCGCAGGAUUCAUGCUCCGUUGCUUUCGGCGACGAUGUUCUUUA